AUGGCUCGUAAUUUAUUCAAGUUCGGGGUCGAUCCCUGGGAUCCCACGCACCGCUUCGAGACAUCGUGGAUUCUAUCGCCGUUUGCGCUCUUUUGCUGCCGGGCAUUGCUUAGCCUCUACGCCUUCGCAACCCUCCUCACAAUCCUCAUCUACGACUGCAUCCACUCGCCCGAGCACUGCGCCGAAUCGCGCGCCACAUUUAGCUACUUCACCCACCUGACCUACUGGGGCCUGGCCUUCUACUUCCUUGUCUCUGCCGUGCACACCUUCACCUAUGCCCGCUCCGGAAUCCCACUCCUCGCCAAACUGCCCCGCCCGCUGCAGGCUUUACAUUCCCUCUUCUACACCACCGUGACCGUCUUCCCUUUCAUCGUGACCAUCGUCUACUGGGCCCAGCUCUACGACGGCCACUGGUACACCGAGGUGUUCCGCGGCUGGAGCAACGUCUCGCAGCACGCGCUAAACAGCGCCAUGGCAUUGUUUGAGAUUAUUGUGCCGCGGACGGAGCCGCCGUUGGCGAUCCAUAUGUUGUGGUUGAUCAUCAUCCUCGCGCUGUACCUAUGUGUCGCGUAUGUGACGUACGCAGAUAAAGGUUUCUAUACGUACAACUUUCUGGAUCCUGAGGAGCAGGGCGCGAUGUUGGCGGCGUGGAUUGUGGGGAUUGCGGUUGGUUGUUGCAUUUUGUUUGGGGUUGUGUGGGGGCUGAUUUGGAUGAGGAAAAAAGUUACGGAGGAGAAGUUGGGGUUGAAGGGGAAAUUUUUUGGGGGCGCGACGGCAAUGGAGGAUGCUUCGUCGAGUGUGGUGAGGGAGUUGGAGGAGGGCAAGCAUGAGGGGAGCGUGCCGCUGGAAAAUAGGUGA